AUGGCGGCGAAAUCCGCCCGGCAGGUGCCGAAAGGCUCCCUUCCUUCUGCAUCGACGCAACCCUCUCCCCACCCGCUCCGGAAAGGCAGCGCCCGGCAGGCCUCUCUUCGCUCCUUACGCGACCCGCUGCCCAAGCACCCCUCUUCUUUCCCACGAAGGAAAGAAAUCACUGUAGGAGAUGUUGCCAAUCUCCGCCAGCUUUCUGAUUGUUUUCCUCAGCGCCUGCUGUGUGCCGGGCGCCGUGCGAGGCGCGGAGUAGGCACCGCGAGCGAACCGGGCAGCUGCGGCCUGCUGGUCGUUGGUCCCAACCGCGCGACAACGCAGUCGCCGGUGUUACACUCCGCGGAGCCGCCGGGGCUCCAGGCCGGGAGGGGGCGGCCGCGGCGCGUCCAGCAGUUCUCCCUGCACAAUUCUAAUGGAUUGUUGAUUGAGAUUGUAGGGGCCUGGAACCGAGGUGUCAGCAGUAAUUUAAAGAAGGCAUUCAGCCUUCCAGCGCCUCUUUUCUCCAUUUCCCCCUCUCACCCCUCCCACCCUCCCUCAUUUACGCCUUCAAGCAGUACGGGGGCGGAGAAGGCUUUUAAAAUAAAACACAAAACAAGGUCUUACGCUCGGGCGAUAGCCGAGGGAGCCGGAGCGCGGAUGGGUUUGGAGCAGGCGCCGGUACAGCCCGCCGCGGCCAGGGAUCACGCGCCCUUCCUGCCGCACCUGAGCAUUUUCAGGUUUCGCCUAAGGUCCCGGGCCGCCGGGCGCGCGGCGAGGUCCUGGCGCCCUCUGGCGGGGUCCGCGUACAAGCCCCCUGCCCGGCCCGUCAGCCGCAGACACCGCGUUGGGCUGGGCGUCGCUUCGCAGUCCCUCCCGGGACCGGCUCUGGGGCCUUCCCCUGCGGCUCCGGUUUCGAACGCAGAAGAGCUUAAUGAAAAAGAAGUGAAACGUCUUAUUGCUGAAGCAAAGGAAAAAUUACAAGAAAAAGGUGGCAGUGAUGAAGAGGAGACAGGCGAUCCUUCAGAAGAUGGCAUGCAGCAUGUCUGUACCCAGGCCCGACUUCGGGAGCCCCUGGAGGAUGGUGACCCAGAGGAUGACAGGACGCUGGAUGAUGAUGAGCUGGCUGAGUAUGACUUAGAUAAAUAUAAUGAAGAAGGUGACCCAGAUACUGAAACUCUUGGUGAAUUUCUUUUGGGUCUUACAGUCUAUGGGAGUAAUGAUCAAGAUCCUUAUGUUACUCUGAAAGAUAUGGAGCAGUACGAACGUGAAGUUUUCUUGAUUAAGCCCAAUGACAUUCUCAUAGUUUGUGGCAGAGCCGAACAGGACCAAUGCAAUUUAGAGGUACAUGUUUAUAACCAAUAAGAAGAUUCUUUUUAUGUCCACCAUGAUAUCCUGUUGUCUGCAUACCCUUUGAGUGUUGAAUGGCUGAAUUUUGAUCCUAGCCCAGAUGAUUCAACUGGAAAUUACAUUGCUGUGGGAAACAUGACCCCCGUCAUUGAAGUGUGGGAUUUCGAUAUAGUGGAAUCUUUAGAGCCAGUCUUUACACUUAGAAAUAAGCUAUCAAAAAAGAAGAAAAAGAAAGGAAAGAUGAAUUCCUCAGCAGAUGGUCAUACCAUUGCUGUCCUUGACCUUUCUUGGAAUAAGCUGAUCAGAAAUGUGCCAGCCAGUGCAUCAGCUAACACUGUUAUUCUGUGGGAUACGUCCUUGGGGAAACCAGCAGCCAGCCUUGCCAUACAUACAGACAAGAUCCAGACUCUCCAGUUUCAUCCAUUUGAAGCACAGACUCUGAUUUCUGGAUCAUGUGAUAAGUCAGUGGCUUUGUAUGACUGCCGAGGUCCAGAGGAAAGCCAUCAACUGUGGCGAUUCAGUGGGCAGAUGAGAGUGACUUGGAAUCACUUUUCACCUUGUCAUUUUUUGGCCAGUACAAAUGAUGGUUUUGUAUAUGAUUUGGAUGCAUGCUCAGAUAAGCCAAUUUUUACACUUAAUGCACACAAUGAUGAAAUUUCUCGUCUUGAUCUAAGCAGUCAAAUCAAGGGCUGUCUUGUGACUGCAUCAGCAGACAAGUAUCUUAUCGCUCUGUGCAUCCAUUCUUUCCCUGAGUUCUUGGAUCAUCGUUAUGAUCACUACUCUGAACUCUUCCUCAGGUAG